AUGAAGAGUUUGCAUAAUCUUCUUGCCUUGCUUGGGAAAUAUCAAUUGGAUUCUAGUCAAACUGUUUGUCGUCAUAAGAGCAAGAUUUACUAUGGUGGUGGCUCUUUGAGUCGAUGUAGAACAAUCACUAAUUUGCUUGGUAUGGAAGUCUCCACUUUUCCGGACAGGUAUCUUGGUGUUCAAAUAAUUCCCGGUGCUGUUAAGUAUCGUCACAUUAGCAAUGCGAUUGAUAAGAUUAAGAAUCAACUUGCUGUUUGGAAAGGUAAAAUGCUCUCUUUUCAAGAUAGAAUUGUUCUCAUCAAUUCGGUGAUUGCUAGUUAUUCCAUUCACAAUAUGGAUGUUUAUAAAUGUCUUAUAAACUUCAUCCGUCAGGCUGAACGUGUGAUUCGUAAUUUUCUUUAG